UUCUAAUUUUCUCUCUCCUCCACCUUUGAACUUUUCCUCAAUUCUCCUCCAUUUUUACCCCCAUUAUUAAUCAACUCCUAGAAAUCAUCCUUCAUCAUCAUCUUCCUCAACCUCUGCAACACCAGAUCUACGAAUUUCCUCUACUCAAUUCCUCCAUUAACGCGCAGAAGAAGCUUCAAUGUCGACCGACAGCGAAGAUCUCGACGAAGAUGAGCUCCUUCAGAUGGCAUUGAAGGAACAAGCUGAACGAGACACCAAUUACCAGAAACCGCUAUCAAAAUCGUCCAAACCGGUGGCGAAUUACGUCCAACCUCCGCCGAAUAAAGGGUCGUCGUCGGCGAGUAAAAACCCUAACCCUAGACAAAGGAAUUAUACCAAGUCUAUGGAUGAAGAUGAUGAUUCUGAGGUUGAGAUGUUGAGUAUUUCUUCGGGCGAUGAGGAGUCGUCGAAAGCGUCUACUUAUGGUGGCGGCGGUGGUGGUGGUAAGGGGAGGAGUAGAGCUAAAGCUUCUAAGGAUGACGCCGAUUCGCAGUGGGCUGGUGGUGAGCCUGAUAGCUGGAAGCGUGUGGAUGAGUCUGAGCUUGCUCGUAGAGUUCGAGAGAUGCGUGAGGCUAGAGCAGUACCAGUGCCAGUGGUUCCGAAAGUUGAGCAUAAACCUUCGGCAUUGGGCAAAAAGGGCCUGGCAAAUUUACAGUCGUUUCCACGAGGCAUGGAGUGUAUUGAUCCACUAGGAUUAGGGAUAAUAGACAACAGAACAUUGAAGCUUAUAACAGAUACUUCGGACAGCUCUCCCUCGAGAGAAAGAGAUAAUAUUAAUAAUGAUCUUCGUGAAAAGCUGGCGUAUUUUUCAGAAAAAUUUGAUGCGAAGUUAUUCCUUUCUCGGAUUCACCAAGAUACAAGUGCAGCUGAUCUAGAGGCUGGUGCUCAUGCUAUUAAAACAGACCUUAAAGGUCGCACUCAGCAGAGAAAAAAUUUGGUGAAGGAAAAUUUUGAUUGUUUUGUCUCAUGCAAGACAACCAUUGAUGAUAUUGAAUCAAAGCUGAAACGAUUUGAAGAAGACCCAGAGGGUGCUGGGACUAUGCACCUAUAUAAUAUCAUUCAGGGAGUGAGUUCACAUGCUACCCGUGCUUUUGAGCCCCUGUUUGAGAGGCAGGCUCAAGCAGAGAAGAUCAGGUCUGUUCAAGGAAUGCUCCAGAGGUUUCGCACACUCUUCAACUUGCCUAGUACAAUUCGUGCUAGUAUCAGCAAUGGUGAACAUGAUUUGGCGGUUAGGGAGUAUAAGAAGGCAAAGUCAAUUGCGCUGCCAUCUCAUAUUGGAAUAUUGAAACGUGUACUUGAGGAGGUCGAAAAAGUGAUGCAUGAGUUCAAGGGAACACUUUACAAAACUAUGGAAGAUCCACAGAUAGAUUUAACAGAUCUUGAAAACACUGUGAGGCUGCUUUUGGAGCUAGAACCUGAAUCAGAUCCUGUGUGGCAUUAUCUGAACUUGCAGAACCAAAGAAUCAGAGGCUUGCUUGAAAAGUGCACCUAUGAUUAUGAAGCAAGGCUUGAUGCAUUGCAAAAUGAUAUACGUGAACGUGCUGCCUCUGAUGCCAAGUGGAAACAGAUACUGCAGGGGCCUAGUCAAUCACCAGACACAAAUGGUAUCGCUGACCUUGCCGGAGACGCUCCUUCAGUGGAAUUGACUGGGGAAGAGGUUGAUGCUUUGAAAAAAAAGUACAUCCAAAAGCUAACAUCUGUUCUUAUUCAUUACUUACCAGCCUUCUGGAAAAUAGCACUUUCAGUUUUCAGUGGAAAAUUUGCAAAGUCUUCCCAUGUUGCUACUGAAUCCAAUGCCACUACCUCAAAUAAGAUUGACGAAAAAGUUGGUGAUGCCAAAUACUCAAGUCAUUCUCUUGAUGAAGUUUCUGGAAUGAUGCGUAGUACAAUAUCUCUUUACGAGGAUAAGGUGCUCGACACAUUUCGUGAAUUUGAAGAGUCGAAUAUCCUUCGGCCAUAUAUGUGCGACUCCAUAAAAGAAGUAUCUAAAGCUUGCCAGGCUUUAGAAGUCAAAGAAUCAGCCCCUGCUAUCAUUGUUAUGGCACUCAGAGCUGUUCAUGCAGAAGUUUCAAAGACUUAUAUUAUGAGGCUUUGUUCAUGGAUGAGGACUACUAUUGAAGACUUGUCAAGAGAUGAAACAUGGGUCGCAGUCUCAAUAAUUGAAAGAAAUAAAUCUCCAUACAGGAUCUCUUACUUGCCUCUAGCAUUCCGGUCGAUUACGAUAUCAGCAUUAAAUCAAGUCAGCCAGAUGCUUCAGACAUUAAAGAGCGAGGCAGCAAAGACAGAGGAUAUCUUUAUUCCUUUUCAUGAAAUUCAAGAGUCUGUUAGAUUAUCCGCUUUGAAUUGCUUCCUGGAUUUUGCUGGGCAUCUUGAACGUAUUGGAACUGAGUUGACGCAAAGUAGAUCUAACAGGGAAAGUUCAUAUUUACCCAACGGACAUUCUUUUGAAAACUCAGAAAUGUCUUUAGAUCUUAUGCCUGGAAGUGUUGUUGAUCCGCACCAGCAGUUGCUGAUGGUCUUGAGCAAUGUCGGAUAUUGCAAAGAUGAACUUUGUUAUGAACUUUAUAAUAAAUACAAACAUAUAUGGUCACAUUCCCGGGAGAGAGAUGAAGAGGACUCUGAUAAAGUUGAUUUGGUAAUGGCUUUCUCUGCUCUUGAAGAUAAAGUCCUGGAACAGUAUACUUUUGCCAAGGCAAACAUGAUCAGGACUGCUGCAAUGAGCUACUUAUUAGAUGCUGGAGUGCAAUGGGGUUCAGCUCCUUCAGUCAAAGGUGUACGUGAUGCUGCUGUAGAGCUGUUGCACACCCUGGUAGCUGUGCAUGCUGAGGUCUUUGCUGGAGCUAAGCCCCUUCUUGACAAGACACUUGGUGUUCUUGUUGAAGGUUUGAUUGAUACUCUUUUGAGUAUCUUCCAUGAAUAUGAAAGCAAAGAAUUCAAGUCAGUGGAUUCAAAUGGUUUCUGUCAGCUUAUGCUUGAGCUUGAAUAUUUCGAGACAGUACUAAAUCCCUACUUCACAAAUGAUGCGAGGGAAUCUCUAAAAUCACUUCAAGGGAUGCUGCUGGAAAAAGCUACUGAAAGUGUGACAGAGGUGGUUGAGAAUCCUGGGCAUCAUCGCAGAUCAACAAGAGGGGGAGAAGAUGCUCUUGUAGAUGAGAGACAGCAGGGAGUUAGUGUAUCGCCAGAUGAUCUGAUUGCGCUUGCACAACAGUGCAGCUCGGAGCUUCUUGAAGCGGAACUUGAGAGAACACGUAUAAACACGGCAUGCUUUGCUGAAUCUCUUCCACUGGACUCUGUACCAGAGUCUGCAAAAUCUGCUUAUGCUUCCUUCAGGGGGUCUCUGGAUUCUCCAAGCAAAAAUUACAAAGGGGCACAAGUAGUUAGCUCCCCUAGUAUCUCUAAACAUCGACGUAGAUGAGGUAUAUCCCAGAGUAAACCACAACGAGGAGAUAGGGCGAGCCUCUGUAAUACGUCAUCAAACAGGUAGCGGAAGCAGAACCAAAAGGAGAUAUUGCUUCUCUUAUCCAUCUCGGCAGACUCACUUCGAUCCUAGAAGGACAAAGGUUUGAAGUCUAAUUUGCUUCUCAAGGCACUCCCCUUCCCUCUGUUUUUUACUUAAAAUUGAGUGUACUAAUUGACUCCGGUGAUGAAUCCGGGCCAAUCCACAGUGAUUUCCAUUUAAAGAGUUAGUUCGAUCAUAUGACACAUAUGAAUUAAAGAAGCUUACAACGCUGUCUAAUUUAGUUGCUUAUGUUAACCUUUUACCCUACCCACUUUGAUUGGGCAACACACAUUGUUAUUAAAAU